GGAAGUGACGUCACGUGUUCGCAGCUCUGGAGGCUGGAGCAGCGUCGUUAGCCCGUUAGCUAGUUAGCGGUCAGUUCCCGCUCCUCCUGUCCGCGGUGUGUCUGGAGCGGCGACCGUUUCCUCCGCGGUCCCGAAGCCGAGGGAGCCGCUCUCUGUAGACCCGGAGCGAGCCGCCGGACCGAGCCGCCGGAGCGAGCCGCCGGAGCCAUGUCCGGCCGCCUGGCCUUCCAGACCCAGCUGGCCUCCAUCAUGGAGGUCCUGGCGAACGCGGCGGUGGCGGAGAUCUGCAAGCUGGUGGACGACGACUACGCGCUGGUGAGCCUGCAGAUGUCCCAGUGCCAGAGAGAGAACAAGGCCCUGAAGAGGAAGCUGCACCUGCUGGAGCUGAAGAUGGCCCGGGGCGCCGCGGAGCGCCGGCUGCGGGACAGCGCCGCCGCCGGCCGGCCCCGGGUGCAGCUCGCCGCGGGAGACCGGCUCCGGGACGCGGCGCCUGCGAGCGGCGGUGUGUUCCAGCGGCGGGUGGAGGCGUCUCUGUGGCCGGGCGGAGCAGCCGGAGACGCUCCCGGGGAGCCCCUCCUGUCCGGAGGCGUGCGGAGUCAGUCUCCAGACGUGGAGCUGGUGGAGCCCGAGGCGCUGCUGGUGAAGGAGGAGGAGCCGGAGGCCGGCGUGGCUCAGGAGGACGAGUCCCAGGAAGACCUGCGCCUCAUCGGAGACGACGGGGUCCUGGACUGUCCCCACCCUGGAGCUGCAGUCAAGAGGCCUCCCUUCCAGCCUCAGGAGCCUCAGGUCCAGAGCAGCAGGAAGCGGGGCGGCGGCGGCGGAGGAGUGGAGGUCAGUGGCUCCUCCCCUCUCCUUAAGUGUGAGCUCAGUGACUCUGCUGAGGACGCUGUCCCCCCGCAGCAGUACGUCCCCCAGGAGGACGUGCUGUGUGACUUUGACCCGCCGGCCGCUCAGCUCUUCAGCCCGCCUCCGGACGCCGCGGCGGACGCUCUGCAGCCGUCCUGCUCCUACUCCAUGGCCGCCCUGGAUUUCCCGUCCACCUCCUCCGGCGUCAACGGCUGGAACCGCUACGGCGGGGCGUUCCCUCCGCCUCGGGACGGCGGCGGCGCGGCGCCCCGAGAGCCGGCCCGCGGCGGCCGGGAGCGGCUGUUCGUCUGCAGCUACUGCGGAAAAGCCUUCAACCGGCCCAAGAAGGUGGAGAUCCACCAGCGCGUCCACACCGGCGAGAAGCCGUUCCACUGCUCCACCUGCGGCAAGACCUUCUCCGAGGCCGGCAACCUGAGGAAACACCAGAGGGUGCACACCGGCGAGAAGCCCUACCGCUGCAGCCUGUGCGGCCGCGGCUUCGCCUGGAUCCGCAACCUGAAAACUCACCAGCUCAAGAGCCACCCCGAGGCCCGCCUCCAGGACCAGGCCUGGACCGCCAAGUGAGCCUCCUGCUGGGACUGGAGCAGACUGUGGCUCUGCAGGACCUUCCCAGCAGCCACAUGGUGGAGGCAGGUGUUGGAACUCGUCUGACGUGGCCCCGUGGCGUCUGACGCGGCCCCGUGGCGUCUGACGUGACGUCUGACGUGGCCCCGUGGCGUCUGACGUGACGUCUGACGUGGCCCCGUGGCGUCUGACGCGGCCCCGUGGCGUCUGACGCGGCCCCGUGGCGUCUGACGCGGCCCCGUGGCGUCUGACGUGACGUCUGACUUGGCCCCGUGGCGUCUGACGCGGCCCCGUGGCGUCUGACGUGGCCCCGUGGCGUCUGACUUGGCCCCGUGGCGUCUGACGUGACGUCUGACUUGGCCCCGUGGCGUCUGACGUGACGUCUGACUUGGCCCCGUGGCCUCUGACUUGGCCCCGUGGCGUCUGACUUGGCCCCGUGGCGUCUGACUUGGCCCCGUGGCGUCUGACUUGGCCCCGUGGCGUCUGACGUGGCCCCGUGACGUCUGACGCGGCCCCGUGGCGUCUGACGUGACGUCUGACGCGGCCCCGUGGCGUCUGACGUGGCCCCGUGGCGUCUGACGCGGCCCCGUGGCGUCUGACGUGACGUCUGACGUGGCCCCGUGGCGUCUGACGCGGCCCCGUGGCGGUUUCUGCUUUCUCAGCAUUCUCUAAGGACCCGAGGAGAAGCAGACUGGUUCAGCUGGACUCUGAUGUGCGUCUCGUCUUGUUUUAAGCAGAGAACAACUCGAAACAAUAAAGCUGUGUUGAUGAUGUUGAAGUUUCUCGACUGUUCUUCCAGAUGCCAGUUUUUAUUUACGUUUUCAUGCCUUCUGUUUAUUUCUGUCCCUGCGUUGUGGAAGACCUCAUGCCUUGUCCCAGUGCCCAGGGGGGCCAGGCCUGCAGGGAUGAAGGACUACAGACCAGUGGCCCUAACUUCCAUGGUGAUAAAGACUUUUGAGAGGCUGCUGCUCCGGCUGCUCAAACCUCAAUGGAGGGGGGGCUGGACCCCCUUCAGUCCGCCUAUCAGGACGGCAUGGGGAUGGACGAUGCGGUCUUGUUUCUGGUCCAUCAGGCGCUCUCCUUCCUGGAGGGAGCUGGAGGCUAUGUGAGGUUGAUGUUUUUCGACUUUACAAGCGCCUUUGAUACCAUCCAGCCUCAGCUACUGAAGGGGAAGCUUGAGAGGAUGGGAGUG